AUGUUCAGGAUCCGCGGGAAUGUCGUGCUUCCGUUAAUUGUGUUGAUUGGUGCUGCUGUCUGGGCUGGGCGGUUGGAACCCAACUAUUGGAAGUAUAUACGCACUCGUAAACCUUUACAACCAAAUGUAGUGCAUGAGGAAGAGAUACUAGAAAUUUUCCGCACAGCCUGGAAACCCUCGAGGUACGGCGUAAACAACGCACAAGUAAAUCACUUCCUGGCACACGCACUGCUGCCAACUACUACCAGAACAACAACGAUGCGGCCUUCGACCUCUACUACUACUUCAGCACCAUCACCAAUCACUACAUAUUCUCCUGCAGCAAGCACGUUUCCCACACCAGUGUUCGAUAAUCGCAACCCGAACUACACCUAUCUCUUUCAACCGACCAUCACGGCAACCAAGUACGGUAGCUACCCCGUGAACAACACCAUCAUCAUCAAAGAGUCCGACCCGAUGGUGUUGACAAAUGCUGGUGUGACUGUUGAUUCCACAUCAGACGAAUAA